GUUGCGUCCUCCUCUUAUCCACUUUUCCCAAAAUUCCUCAUUCCAAUUCAAACCGCUCUAUUUUUUUCCUUCCCUUUUCCUUCUUCUCUUCUUCUCCCUCCCCAUUUCCAUCCCGAUCUUCUUGUCCUUUAAGAUCUUCCCUAUUCACCUACUUCAUUUUCCCUCAAUUUCCCACCAACCCCACUUCUUAAUUCUUCCUAAUUUUCUUCAGUCCCUUCGAUUUCGUCAGAUUUUUCAUCCAUUUUAAUGGCUGACGCUCUCAGCAAGGUUGCUUUUCUUGCCCCUUUUUCCCCUUCUUCUUCUUCUUCUUCUUCUUCUUCUUCUUAUUCUCAUCGUCAUCUUCAUUGUCUUUCUCUACCUUUUUCCGGCUUUAAAUCGGUUGAUUCUUCUUCCCAUCCCUUUAAUUGGCAACGAAUUUCUGUGAAAUUACCAUCCACCACGGGGCCGUUUUCUAGCAGUUAUGCCUAUGGCAGAAGAAUUGAGUUUACCGAAAGGAAUUCUGUUUCUCCUCCACGAUCUUCGACGAUUUCCCAUAGUGGCUUUCGGAUUCCAAAAGCUCAGAAAUGGUGGGAAAAAGGUUUACAACCUAAUAUGAAAGAGGUGACUGGUGCACAUGAUCUCGUGGAUUCUCUUUUAAAUGCUGGGGAUAAACUUGUUAUCGUCGAUUUCUUCUCCCCUGGUUGUGGUGGCUGUAAAGCUCUUCACCCGAAGAUAUGCCAAUUUGCUGAGAUGUAUCCUGAUAUCCAAUUUUUGCAAGUGAACUAUGAAGAACACAAAUCCAUGUGUUAUAGUCUUGGUGUCCAUGUGCUUCCCUUCUUCCGCUUUUACAGAGGCGCUCAAGGUCGUCUUUGCAGCUUUAGCUGCACUAAUGCAACGAUUAAGAAAUUCAAGGAUGCGUUAGCCAAACACAACACAGAUCGAUGCUGCCUUGGCCCCACGCAAGGGUUGGAGGAGAAAGAUCUGGUGGCACUUGCCGCCAACAAAGAAUUGUCUUUCAACUACACACCUAAACCAGCAGAAGACGUCCCUAUCCCCAUCCCCGCCACGGUGGGAGGGGUAAGAACUUUGGAAUCAGAACGUUCAAGUUCGGAUAUGGAACUGCCUCUUCCUCUUCCUUCAACUAUCCUCAAUUCGUCUGGCCAAGUCACCAAGGAGAAUGCCUAUGCGGGAUGAAGCUGACCCCGCCCAUAUCCUAUACUUAGUAUGAGUGCUUUUGGUUGUAAAGGUUCAGGGGUCCUAUAUUAACGAGACCCAAUGAAAUAGUAGGGUUUGUUUCAUCUUUCUUUUUUUCUUUUGGUGGCUUGGAUCCCAGCCUGCUGAUUCUUUAGAACAUCAGCAGCCUGCUGUGUGAUCAAUUAUAUAUAUAUAGUUGCGUUCUGUACAUGGUUGUAUAAAGCUUCUCUGCAAGAUUAUGAGUUAAAUAUUCUGUAAGAUUGUAACCAGUAAAUUGGUGUGAAACCAAUGAAGAAACUUGUGCUCGUUGAUGAAUAUCAUACUGAAAACCACCGUUACUAAUUA